AUGGCAUCCACCACGAAGCCCAAGAAACAGAAGGCACCAAAGAGAAAGAACCCCCCCGCUACGACUGCGACCUUCCCAUCUCUCCACGAAGACAUCAAAAACGUCCUCGCGAGUGAGGAUGUCAUCCUCGAUCCCAAACCGUGGUUCAACCUCACUGGGGGUGACGCUGAAGCCACCAAAGAGCACGACACAAACAUCAUGGGCCGGUUCGAAUGUCGCAACAACCAGUGUUCGCAGCGCGGCUGGGGCAGCAAGAAGAUUGCCAUUCAUAUUCGCGGGUUUCCGGGCAAUGGCUACAACGCUGUUGUGUACAAACAACGUUGCAGAACCUGCGAGAGGCUGGGCAUCCUGCGACUUGACGAGAAUUCUCCCAACACCACAACACCAUCCCAACACCACCCCCUCACCAUGACCACCCCAACCGUCUUCAUCACCGGCGCCACCGGUAGCCAAGGCUCCGCCCUCGCGCACCACCUGCGCCGCCUCAACUGGGCCGUGCACAGCACCGCACGCAACCUUUCCUCACCCGCGGCCCAAGCCCUCACCGCCAUCGGGGUCCAACUCACCCCCGGCUCCUGGGACGACGAGGCCGCCCUCGCGUCCGCCAUGGCUGGCUGUUCCAAGAUGUUUCUGUGUCUACUGCCGGAUUUUGGGGAUCCGACCCGUGAGUUGCGCCAGGCGGGCGUGAUGGUGCGCGUUGCGAGGGAGGCGGGGGUGAAGCAGGUGGUGGCGUCGACUUCGUUGGGGGUGUUUACGCUGGAGGAGGAGGGGGUUGGUGGGGGAGGUGACGGUGAGGGCAGAGGGGGAGUGGUGGCGGGGUCGGUGAUGGCGGGCCAUUUGGCGAAUAAGAAAGGGAUUGAGGAGGUGGUGAGAGGGGGCGGGUUUGAGAGGUGGGCGUUUUUGAGGCCGGCGUUUUUUAUGGCGAAUUUCUUGGAGCCCAAGGUGGCGAGGUAUCCGGAGCCGAGGGAGAAGGGGACGUGGACGACGGCGAUGACGCCCGAGGCGCCGCUGGCGUUAAUCGAUCAUGUGGAUAUUGCGGCGUUUGCGGCAGCGGUGUUUCAACAGCCGGACAGGUUCCAUGACCGGGCGUUUGGGCUGGCGAGUGAGUUGUUGACGGUGCAGGAGACGUUGGAUGCGUUGGGGGAGGCGGCGGGGAGGUCGCUGAAGGCGGUGUUUAUGACGGAUGAGGAGAUUGCCGAGAAGCAGAGGACGUCGAAUGUGUUCACGAACUCACAGGUGUCGCUGCGGUAUGCUGCCAAGUAUAUUGAUAUGGAGGAGGUUGCGUCGGUGAUCCGGCCUACUUCGUUUAAGGAUUUCUUGGAAAGGGAGAAAGAGGGUGUCAAGAAGACCCAACCCAGUUCCUACCCAUGGCUACUCGAGGAUCAGCAGGCGAAGGGCAUCCAGCGCCGCUGGUGGCCGGACCCGAUCCAGUCUGUGGACCACCCCCAGCUCUCUUGCAACCGCGGAAACCCACUGGAGAAGAAUCUUCCCACAAUGCACGCCGUUAUUCAGGCCGGCACAAACAUCACGGCGUACUACAUCCCGCCGAAAUGCCCGCCCGGGUACAACCAACCCACGGAGGUCCUGGCCCCCGAGUUCCAGGACCCCAGCCCGCCCAUGCGGUGUGCCGGACCGGAGUACUCGUGGGUGCACUCCACGGGCCCACUCCUUGUCUACAUGGCAGCUUGCAACGGGCCGUGCGACCAGUUCAACCCAGAGGGUAAGAAGGUUUGGUUCAAGGUCUAUGAGUCUGGCCUGAAGAACGGCGGCAAGGUGAACGAAUGGGGCCAGAAGAUCGACGUUGCUUCCGGCGAGGGCUGGGACCAGAUCCGCUUUGCCAACAACGGAUGGAGCAUCACGAUCCCCAAGAACCUGAAGCCGGGCAACUACCUCAUCCGGCACGAGAUCAUCAUGAUUGAGCUGAUGCCCCCUCAGUUCUACCCCGAGUGCGCCAAUCUCGAGGUGACUGGUGAUGGAACCGAGCUUCCCGGUGAAGAGUAUCUAGUAUCUUUCCCCGGGGCUUACUCUCUGGAAGACCCCGGGCUCGCGCUCAGCGGUGAUUUGUACUCCCAAAAGGGACAUUCCACUUAUAACUACACCAUUCCGGGGCCGGCCGUCUGGACUGGUGAGAAGUAA